CAACCUGAACCCAUCACAAUUCACAUCAUCUCCAAAUAUUUGUUUCGGGUCCGUACCUGACCGUUGAAAGAAGCCGAAAGAUCGGAACUAAAGUAUGAAAGUAAACUCGGCGGUUUUCUGUUUUCCUUUCCUCCGCGCGUAAAUUCAUUUCCCAACCUUUUUUUUGGUGCGAUUUUGUAUCAAAGUAAACAUCUUCUUCAACACCAACACCAACACCAACACCAACAUCAACCUAGAUGGAACCACCGUAGCUAACCCAUUGGGGUUCGAAGUAGAAUCCAGGAAGCAUCAGUUUAUUUAGCAAAAUAUGGGAGUUCACGGUCUCUGGCAACUCCUCGCUCCCGUGGGUCGUCGAGUUUCCGUUGAAACUCUCGCUGGAAAACGCCUUGCAAUCGAUGCUAGCAUAUGGAUGAUACAAUUCAUGAAGGCGAUGCGUGAUGAGAGAGGAGAAAUGGUGAGGAAUGCUCACUUGGUGGGAUUUUUUCGCCGCAUCUGCAAGCUUCUGUUUCUUCGUACGAAGCCGGUGUUCGUGUUUGAUGGUGGAACACCCGCUUUGAAGCGAAGGACUGUUAUUGCAAGACGGAGACAGCGGGAGAAUGCUCAAACAAAGAUUCGUAAAACUGCUGAAAAGUUGCUUUUGAAUCAUGUUAAAGCAAUGAGACUAAAAGAAUUGGCUAAUAGUCUCCAAGAGCAGAAAGUGGCUAAUAGUCUCCAAGAGCAGAAAGACAAGAAUAUGACUAAGGGGAAGGAGGUCUUGUUAGACAAGUCUGACACAGUGAAAAAAAUGGAGGCACCAUUGGCAGAUCACAAUCAGGAAAUGCUAGAUGAAAUGCUGGCUGCAUCAUUACUAGCAGAUGAAGCUGGUGAGCUUGGCACUCCAUCUAAUUUUGCUGCCGAGAAUGGUAGCCCUAGUGGCAAUUCAUCUGCUUAUGCUGCAUCAUUCCCCAAAGAAGAUGAGGAAGAUGAAGAUCAAGAAGAGAUGAUACUACCAAUAGCAGACGGGAAUGUGGAUCCAGCUGUAUUAGCUGCUUUGCCUCCAUCUAUGCAGCUUGAUCUUCUUGUUCAGAUGAGGGAAAGGUUGAUGGCAGAGAACAGACAAAAGUACCAAAAAGUAAAAAAGGCUCCCGAGAAGUUUUCCGAACUUCAAAUUGAGUCAUAUCUUAAGACAGUUGCUUUCCGCCGUGAAAUUGAUCAAGUUCAAAAAGCUGCUGCUGGGAAGGAGGUGGGUGGUGUUCAAACUUCUCGCAUAGCAUCUGAAUCUAAUAGAGAAUUCAUCUUCUCCUCAUCUUUUUCUGGUGAUAAACAACAUCUUGCAUCCAGCGGACCUGAGAAGAUUUCUGAAAAACAAAAAAGAACGGAAAAAAGGGAUGCUUCCUUUGAGAUUCUGAAUGCCAUGACUUCUGCUACAAAGUCUAUUACACAAGCUGAAUCAGCGGUUGAUGAAGCUGUUCAGACCGACAUAGAUGGGGUAGGGCAUAAGAAUGUGAGUAGAAGAAGUGCUAUGGGAAUUCGUAUGACAAGAGAUUUGCAAAGGAACCUUGAUUUGAUGAAAGAAUUUGAACAAGAGAUGACAACUGAUGAUAUUGAAGCAAAUGCUCAUAGUAUCCCUGAUAUAGAAGGUCAAUCAGAAGAAUCUCACUGCUACAAAAAAUCUUCUGAGGAAGUGGAAAAUUGUAACUCUGAUAUUGUACAGAACAAGAUAGAAAAUGCAUCCUUAGAGCCUGAGAUUUUUAAAGAUGCACCAAAAAGUGAGACUUGUAUAAAGAUUUCUUUUGAUGAUGAAGGUAUGCAAAGAUCUUUGGAUGGUGAUGAUGAAUUUUUUGCAAAUCUUGUGGCUGGAGAUCAGGUACCGAUUUGUUCUGCUGACAAUCCUAGCUCAGAUUGUGAAUGGGAAGAUGGUCUGGUUAGUAGGGAAAGUGGGAAUUCAGUUGAUAGGAAUACAUUGGGAACACAUUCUUCUCAUGCACAAGAUGCAAAUAAAAAUGAAUCUGAUGUGGAGUGGGAGGAAGGACAUAAUCUGAUUUCAGAUAAAUUUAACAUGAAGAUUUCUGAUGUUGAAGAUAGCGAAGACAAAGAGAUUAGAGUUGAAUGGCAGGGAGGACUUACUGCAGCUGACAUUUAUGAAGAUGGUCAGUUGCUUUCUUCUGAUACCCGGAACACUGUCUCAAAAGGAUUUGCUGAAGAAGAAGCUGCUUUGCAGGAGGCUAUAAGGAGGAGUCUUAUGGAUUCAACAGAUGAAAAGUCAAGCUUUGUAUCAUGUGAUCAGAAAUCACCUGACUAUGCUUACAAUAGGCAGCUGCAGUUGGAAAGUUGCAAUCCUCUGCCUAGGUCACAUAUGAAGAGGGAUUUGGGUGGUGAUCAGCAAUGUCAAUUGUUAGUUAGUAAGUGCGAUCAACCUAGUUUCAUGGUUGAAAAGGAUACUCGUUCUUCUGAUUCUUUUGCCAUUAACUCAUCACCAGCUGCAUUUGUGGCUGCUGGACCAACCCCUCACACAGUUACGAAGGACUUUAAUGCGCAGGAAGUGAGUUCUUGCACAGAGGAUGAUCAGAUUAAUGAUUUGGGUAAGAGUAGUUCCCUUCCUCUGACUGACAUGGCUGCUGGCAUUGUACCUAAUACACUUCCUCAAAUUGGCGUUGAUGACAUGACAAAUGAUAGAGCUGCUCCCACAGGACAGACAGCAUCAGUUUUUGAGGAGAAGACAUUACAUGCUGAUGUCAGAAAGACGGUGAGAGUAAAUGAUACCUAUCCUGUAAGCGUGCAAGAAAGUCAUGAUGUGGAUAUUUUUGCUUCCAGAAUUGAGGUUGAACCCCCUGGAUCCAGUCUGGAGGAUGAAUUAUUAGUGCUUGGUCAAGAAAAUAAAAACCUUGGGGAUGAACAGAGAAAGCUUGAGCGCAAUGCGGAUUCUGUUAAUGCUGAAAUGUUUGUGGAAUGUCAGGAAUUGCUUCAAAUGUUUGGCUUACCAUAUAUAAUUGCACCGAUGGAAGCGGAAGCUCAAUGUGCUUACAUGGAGCUUGCGAACCUUGUAGAUGGGGUUGUCACUGAUGAUUCUGAUGUAUUUCUCUUUGGAGCCCAAAGUGUUUACAAGAAUAUAUUUGAUGACCGCAAAUAUGUUGAGACCUAUUUUAUGAAGGAUAUUGAAAGUGAGCUAGGUUUGAACAGAGAGAAAAUAAUUCGCAUGGCCUUGCUGCUUGGGAGUGACUAUACUGAAGGUGUAAGUGGUAUUGGCAUUGUAAAUGCGAUUGAAGUUUUAAAUGCAUUUCCCGAGGAAGAUGGCCUCCAUAGAUUUCGCGAAUGGAUUGAAUCCCCUGAUCCAGCAAUAUUCGGGAAAGUGGGAGUGCAACAAGGAUUGAAUUUAAAGAAAAAAGUGUCCAAAGCAUCAAAGAAAGGUAUGAGCAAUUCCAAAAGCGAUAUGGAAGGAACCUUUGCAGCUGAUUCUAACACUUUGCUGGAAGAUGAAGAUGAUGAUGCUAGGAAUGACAUCCCAAAUACAAAGAAAACAUUCAUGAAUAAGCAUAGAAAUGUAAGCAAGAAUUGGCAUAUCCCUGCUUCUUUUCCAAGUAAUGCGGUGAUCUCUGCUUAUGCAGCUCCACAAGUGGAUAAAUCAACUGAACCUUUUGCUUGGGGAAAGCCUGAUAUUUUUUCUCUUCGCAGAUUGUGCUGGGAAAAGUUUGGAUGGGCUAGCCAGAAGGCUGAUGAGUUGCUUUUGCCAGUCCUAAAGGAGUACAACAAACAUGAGACUCAACUAAGGCUCGAAGCAUUUUAUACUUUCAAUGAGCGUUUCGCCAAAAUCCGCAGUAAGAGGAUAAAUCAAGCCUUGAAAGGAAUAACUGGAAAGCCGUCCUUGAACCUGGCUGAAGCUGAUGAAUUGCAUGACAAUCCUACAAAAAUGGAGAAAACAGAGGCAAGUACCAGCGGUAACAGAAAGAAAAAGUCUCUUCCAAAAAAGAAAGCUACUACGUUAAAGCGCGGGAGUGAUGCAGGAAAACGGAAUUUGAGUGAUGCAGGCAGCAGCAGAGGGAGAGUGAGGACAAGAAGAGCUGCUGAAAGAGGUAGGCAAAAGAAGAUUUCUGACUCUGAGCAUGAUGAGACGAGUAUACAUGAUUACAACAGCAGCAGUGAUGAGCAUGAAGAUGAAUUGCUAGCUGAAAAAAUGGUGUUGCCUGAUACUGCGCGAAGAAGGUCAAAGCGUGCCCGGAAGAGGAAAGCUGCCAACUAUGUGGAGGAUCAUGAGGAUGAAAGUGAUGGAGUAGGGAUUGCUCUAAACAAGAAUUGUAGUGAUGUUGGAACAAUUGAAGAAAAUCUAUCUCAUAAUCUGACUGUUGACGGGGAUGAUGUGAUUAAUGCUAGUGGAGAGAAAGAAUUCGCAUCUGAAGAUCUUCUUCCUGGGCCUGCAUAUGGCUUCGGCUUGCCUGAAGACUACUUAGUACAAGGUGGGGGAUUCUGUGCUGAAGAAGACGAGACAGAAAAAGAGAGUAAUGAGUUAGGCUCAAUCCAGAACCAAAGCGAGAGCCAGAGCCAGAGCCAGAGCCAGAGCCAGAGCCAGAGCCAGAGCCAGAGCCAGAGCCAGAGCCAGAGCCAGAGCCAGAGCCAGAGGGAUGCUGAUAAUGCAAAUAGACAUGAGACAAUAGCUGGCAGUCUGUCUAAUUCAGCAGUAGCUGGUAUUAAAGAUGAUGAUGCUCCAACCUCUGUUGUUGUGAAUCCGUUUAGUGCUAUUCCAUUCUUGAAACGAAAGAGAAGGAAACCUUGAUUGAUGAAUGAUGACAGUUUCUGCUACAAUUUCUAAAAGUUUACAGCUUCUAACCAAUAUUUAAUGUUUUGGUUUUAAGGUUCUGCUAAUCUUGUAUAUAAUAAAGACUAAAAAUUGAUUGGGCUUAAUAUUCUUAUAUUUCUGUGUAA